GUCCAAGAGUUCUGGCAGCUCUGUCACUUUAAAACUACUCUGAUUCUCUUGCACAACCAAGAUUGAAAACCACUUCUUCAAGACUUAACUAUGACAUCAAAAACUUCCAAAACUCUGAGAAACCAUCAACCAUAUGGUAGGAGAAGAGGAGUUGAGUAGUUUGAACAGAAAGUUGAUUCACAUCACUUGACAAAGGUACUCACUCUGCUUUCCCUCUCCCCAAACUUCAGCUGUUUGCCUUGUUUUGACCUCCAGAAGGACUGUUUGCCUCUUCAGAUUCAGACAGGUCCCUUCAGAUUCUUGAGAGUCACUGCUUCAAGAAUAAGUUCUUACUAUUUAGGCCUCAUGGAGCCAGAAGACUUAGAAAUAUGUCCUUAUGACCCGAACCACAGGAUGCCAGCCAGCAGGUUACAGUACCACCUGGCAUCAUGUAGAAAGAAAAAUCCAAAGAUAGCUAAAAAGAUGGCUAACUGCAAAUAUAAUGCUUGCCAUGUGGUCCCAAUCAAAAGGCUCAAGGAACAUGAGGCUAACUGUGUCAAUAGAACUGCUGUAGAUGAUGAGCCAUUUAAUCUUCCAAAGGUUAUUUCUCCAAGUUUGGAACCAAAUGAAAAACUUUCUAAUGCUGCCAAUCAGAUUCUUGACCCUGAUGUCUGGAACAUAGAUAACACACAUCAUUCUCCUUCAUUUGUUCUUAAGACAUUUGCUCCAAAAACGCUGGUCUGUGAAAGUGACUCAAGAGACAUAAAAAAACAGCCUAUGGAUGGCAAACAUCCUAACAACUACAAGUCCUGGAGAAAAGGUCAGAAAAACUGAUGGAGAAGCUGUGGAUUAAAGAGCCAGCAGGCAGAAAAUUAAUUGUCUUUUUUUAAACUUUGGGGAAAUCUUAACUGUCAUGUUUUAGGUAACAACUCCAGUCAUUGUUGACAUCUUAAAAUGUUUUU